AUGCCCGAGGUGUUAAGAAAAAAACCCACAACAAUGUCGCAGUCCAUGAAACCGAGGAAAGUUUGUGUUAUAGGCGAUACAUGCAUUGUUUGUGGUUUUUCUUUUGUAAAAUAUGAAAAGAAUGCUAACGGAAAAGAAAUCGUUCAUAAAUUCUAUGAAUCAAAAAUGAGACUGAACGCUGAAAGGAUAUAUUACAUAAAGAAAGUUACUGAACAAUCGGAGGAACUGGAACUUGAACUCGAGGGGUGUAAUGCUGGACUGUGUAGAAAAUGCUUAAGAACGAUCGAAUCAGUAUUUAAAUCGGAGGAGAAAAACAAAGCCACAAAACAAAAAAUAAGAGAAAGUUUUGAUAAGGUGUAUAAAACAGAUACUGUACUACUACCCGCCCCUAGACCUAAACAUAUACUGAGAGUGUCCAACACCUCACCUGUAAACUGUGACAGUCAGUUGGCAAAGUUUAGGAAAAUCGCACCACAGCCUGAGAUCCUGCAUGAAAUCGAUGCAAAACUAAAAGAAGAAGAAACUGGCACUAUGGAGGAAGGUGUCAUUGUGAAAGACGAACCCUUGGAUCCAGAAUAUGAUGAAGCAAUGGGAUCAACAGAAAAUGGAGAAACAGAGACUGAAGAGGAAAGAAACACAUCAAAUGAAGAAUCCAGUCAAAAGUUCAAGUCAAUGUUAAGCAAUAAAGAAACUGGUGAAAAAGCAGUGAAUUCUGUGAUAGAUGAUCUGCUCCAAAAAAAUCACGAAAUCUUGAGCAGUACUGAUACAGCGCUAUACAAACCACGGUCUAAAAGCUGGUACGAGGAGUAUCAGUCCCAAAAGUCAGGACGCAUGCUUCGCCCGAAGAGCCCAACACAGAUUUGUGUCUUGAUGCAGGAAGAUUUGCCGAAUCUGAGUGACUCUCUGGUAGAACUCUCGGUCGGGGACGCCAAUGUAGAAGAUAUUUUUGAAAAGAUGAAACAUGAUGUGGUGUGUGGCUUAGUCUCCAAAUCUUAUGCAGUGAAUAAUGCAGAAAUGAAUAUGCAAAAUAAUUUUAAGUUUUAUUGGUGCAAUUUUUGCCCCUUUAAAAAUGAAAACAAAGAAGUUUUAUUACAACAUGUCAUGGAGCAUCGGUUUCAUUGCAAGUGUUGUAACUACCAGUCAUUUUCUAGAGCAAAUGUUAUAAAUCAUGCUGAACGAACCCAUAACGAAUUUAGAGAAAUUGCGAAGACUCUAAAAUACUGCAUAUUUCAGCCAGAUUUCUUUGCACUUCAAACAAAUGAAAAGAAAAGGCGCAUUGAAAAAAUAUCAGAACCAGCACCAAAAAAAUCCAGAAAGGAUCAGGAGAAACCAUCAGAAAAUGAGGAAUAUGAUGCUUUUGAUAUGGAAGUAGAGGAAGUCGAGGAUGAGAACAAUUACACUCCCAGUAAUAGUGAAUCUACAGACAAAAUCCUGACGCCAAGAACAAAGAAAAAUAUAAAUAUUCCAGUAGUAGGAAAAGUGCCAAAACAUUCUGCCAGCAACAGUUCAAAUAUACCAAAGUCUACAGUGAACCAAUCAUCUGCUGGUACCAAACAGUCCCCUGCUCCUCCCAGUAACCAGCAGCCGGCAUCCAGCGGUAACAUGCAGACUACCACUACAGGCAAGAGUGGUAACACCGUCACCGUGUCCUCCGGACUGUGUUGGAACUGUGGCUACUGUAACUUUGUGACUCUCAGUCAGACAUUCCUCAAAACCCACCUGAACUCCCACCACUCUGGCAAGGCUCACAAGUACGUGGCCAUGCUGGUGUCUUCUCAGGAGGAGAUGAACAAAAUCAAGGAGCGAGACGCAAAGAUGUACACCUCGCCAAACCUCCCACUUCUGUACGGGAAUGUUAACCAGACCCAGGAGAAGACUUUGUCACCACCACUGGAUGGAAGAGGGCUCCCGAGUUCUACCAAAAACUAUGAAUCAGCCACAUCGGCUGUAAUGAAUGAAGAUGGACCAGAGGAGGAGAGUGAUGAUGAAGAGUACAUUCCAGAAGAAGAGAAGAAGAAAUAUCCCCUUACCUACAAGUGCGCACACUGUAACUUUAUUGCCCCAGUAUGCUUCAAAGUCAAAGAGCAUUUACAAAUGAGGCAUCAAGGUUGUGUACUCUAUGCUUUGGAUAUGAGAGCUGUAAAGUUGAAGCAGAGGAGAUAUGUCUUCUUUUGUCAUAGAAAGAACUGUGCAUUUACUACCAAAAAAACUGAAGAAUACCUAAAUCAUUCUGAAAAUUGUACUCCAUGGUUACUUGAUAAUUGUCCAGAAAACGUUGAUUUGCCCAGCAAAAAAUGUUUAGAGUUAACCAGGAACUUCUCCACUAAAAUUUCACAGAAAGCAUUCCAAAUGGCAAAGAACUUUAAGGCCUCUAAAAGUGCUGAGUAUGCCUGUACUCACUGUAGCUAUACCUCCAAUAACAACAUCAGAGUGAAAAAACAUAUUCUGUCAAACCACGAGGACCUGCAAACUGUUCUGAAAGAUUUACAGUCACACAAAUUGAAGAAAAAGACUCAUGUUUACUUCUGCAGGCAUUGUUUAUGGGAAACUAGGAUUGAAGAGUUACUUGACGUUCAUCUCCAAGAAAACCACAAAGAAGAAGAAGAAGAGCAGACAAAUCAGUCAGAGGUAGCUCCUCCUUCUCUGCCUGUCAUUGAACCAGUGGAGAAGAAGACAUCAAAACAAGCCUCUUCUAGACCAGCCUCAUCAAAACCAGACCCUGUGAGUAAAAAAACAGAGGUCAGUCCUGGAGAAGAGGAAGAAGAGGGAAGGGAGGAGGAAGAAAUUGACCUGCACCUGGAAGUUUCUGAGGAAGAGAUGCAGAAAAUGAUGACAGAAUUCGUUAAAGAUGAAGCAGGAAGGGGCGUGUCGCCUGGAAGACCAACUAGAAAGGCUUCCAUAGAGGCGUCGGUUCGAGUGCGAGCUCAAGGGCAUCAGCCCCCGAUGUACAGAUGCAUGCACUGUUUCUACCUAUGCUUUGGAAGUAACCUGAUGAGGAAGCACAUAAGAGCCAAGCACAAGAAGGAAGCUCUUAGAACAGUUGAUGUGAAAAAGAGAAUCUCAAGACAGUUUGCUUAUUACUGCAUUUGCCCACAGGACAACUGCAAAUUUGUUAACACCUGUGAAGAGACAGUUUUAAAUCAUGCAAUAUCUGAGCAUAAAAUUAAAAAAAACCAUCCAGAAAUUCAGAAAAUGCUUCAACCUUUUACAGCUCAGCUAUCUGGCUCCACCGAAUCAACCUCUGUUAGUAGUUGUAAAGUAGUGCCAGCGGUGUCUCCCUUAGUUGGGUUUGAGUGUUUGUACUGCUCCACUAGCUAUGUAACAGAAGAAAUGGGCUUAAUGAAAAACCACAUAAAGGAACAGCACCCUUCUGAAGAGGUUGUAUUCCGUGAUUGUGUGGCUCGAAAGUUACGCAAGUCUUCUCGAAUAUACAUGUGUGAAAGAGACAAUUGUGAUUUUUAUAACAGUGAACAGAAAGAGCUUGAGUUGCACAAGCUUGCACACGAGAAAGCCAACAUUUUUGAGUGCUCGAAAUGUCAGUGGUUUACCACCACCACAGACUCGGUUCAAACCCACAUGGAAACCGUGCACUGCGGCGAAGAAGUCACCACAAUCGACAUGAGUCUGGAUUUGGAUAAGCAUGGCCAGGUGAUCAAGAGAGUGGGAGGAAUGAUCAUCAAACAAGAAAAACAGGCCGUAGAAGAUCCAGACACAGAACCAGUUUAUUCAGAAAAGGAGGCUCCAGUACUGGAUGACAUAGUGGUCAAACAAGAACCUCUUGAUUCAUAGGGCAGCAAUUUAGAGUCAUCAAAAAGUCCUGCAGGAGAUCCAGACCUUGUGUAUUUUUUUUUUAUUUUUGCAAAUUAUACUUCAUGUUCAUCAUGUUAUUUGAUUCUGAUUAAUAUUCAAUUGAUAUGCUGAGUGCAAAUUUUUCUUAUUUGGGAAAAAAUUUCAGUAUUAUAACAAAAACUAUUAGGUGCUUUAAAACCAAUGUGUUCAGGAUAAUGGUCAUGCUUUUAUUUCUGUAAACAUCUACUUAAUGAAUAUUUAACUGUACAUAGUAAGGUUUAUCAAUAAUGUACUAUGAUGUCCAAUACUAAUUAACAGCUUUUAUGUUGAUAGAUACAAAUGUGCAUUGGAAAAUGGAAAUGCAUUUUAUAAUAAAAACUUAAUUAUG